AUGGCCACUACCAGCAGACCCCCUCCCCAACCGCUUAGCGCGACUGGCUCCAGAUUCUCUGCAUCUUCUAGCACGUCCGCUAGCACGGAUCCGUGCUCACCAUAUAUAUCAUCUUUUACAGACACGCCACUUACUACCCCUAACACCUCCUCCUUUAUCCGCUCUGGAGGCGGCAGAGUUAUCGUCGAUGAGGAUGUAAUCCCGUCAAGAGUUCCGGGUGAACCUAGGAACCUUGUACUAUGUUUCGACGGUACCGGAGACCAAUUCGAUAAUGAUAAUUCAAACAUCGUCCAGCUGUUUUCUUUGCUGAAGAAAGACGACAGGCACCGGCAAAUGGUAUACUACCAAGCGGGUAUAGGCACUUACACCGUACCACAGGUAGCCACGCCAUUCUGGACGAACAUAUCGAAGACAGUCGACAUGAUGAUUGCAUGGAACCUGGACGCCCACGUUAUGGGCGGCUAUGAGUUUUUGAUGGAGAAUUACGAGGCUGGAGACAAGAUAUGUAUUUUCGGGUUCUCCAGGGGCGCGUAUACCGCCAGAGCUUUGGCCGGCAUGAUACACAAGGUCGGCCUACUCCCGGCUUGUAAUCAUCAGCAAAUCCCCUUUGCAUACAAGAUGUACACAAAAGCUGACGAGGAAGGCUGGGAGCAAAGCACAGCGUUCAAAAAGGCUUUCUGCAUCGAUGUCGAAGUCGAGUUUCUCGGCGUCUGGGACACAGUUUGUUCGGUCGGGCUGAUCCCGCGAACUCUACCUUUCACAACAUCCAACACUGCUGUCAAAUAUUUCCGACACGCGUUGAGUCUCGACGAACAUAGGGCGAAGUUCAAGCAUAACUGUUGGAAUAAACCGACUGAAGAGCAGCAAAAGCUGGGCACGCAGCCAGGUGACAUGCCGAAGUCGAACGGCCAGCGAUCUACGAAGGACGAGGUGCACCGCAAUCUGGAGAGGCAAUACAGCCACGAUUACCAGCGCGAGACGGACGUCCUCGAGGUCUGGUUUGCAGGCUGUCACUGCGAUGUCGGUGGGGGUUCGGUACCCAAUGAUACCCCGCAUAGCCUGGCACGCAUCCCGUUGAGAUGGAUGAUCCGUCAAUGCUUCGAGUGCAAGAUCGGCAUAGCCUUUCACGCCAGUCAACUACGCACCAUAGGCCUCGACCCCGCUUCAUUGUAUCCCGCAGUAAAGGAACGCCCGCCACUGGGCCCAGAACAGUCAUUCCUUGCAUCAGCACAAGCACUUCUCCAAGCUAGCAAGGAUAGCCCGCUCAACGGACGGAGCCCAUUCCUGAGUGAGGAAGAGGAAGAUAUAUUGGACGCACUCUCGCCGAUUUAUGACCAGCUCGUGCUUGCCAAGGGCUGGUGGCUCUUGGAAAUGCUGCCCAUGGAGGAGAGAUACCAGAACGGAGAAGAUGGGACAGAGUGGCUGUCCGUAAACCUUGGACGUCCACGGACGAUCCGCCGACAGAAGAAAGACGGUCUUCGCGUCCAUCGCACAGUGAAGUUGCGGAUGGUAGCAGAGGAAUUACUGCAAGGUGGGAAGUACAUCCCUCGGGCGAAAUUCGAGGUUGAGCCGACAUGGGUCGAUUGA